UUGAUCGUUUUAGAAUGCAGUGAACUGGGACCAAUCACAAACGCUGCCCAGCUCUUCGAACAAUGCGCAGGAGAGCCGUUUAUUGCCCCAAGGCCAGGAACAAUACUCCAUGUGGACUUGUCAAAGUUGACGGAACAGCAACUUCAUGAACUAUUUGCAAAUAUGGUCGAAAUGCAGAUUUGCAUCACAGUCGAAGGGUCUUCUGUUAAGAGCCUAAGAUUCCCAAGACUGAUACGGUGGCUACCGUGCGCAAAUGGAAAGCCAGCACUGACUCUUGUGUACAACUAUUUCCUCGAGAACGUGCAAUUCCCCAAGUGUAAACGUGGGUGCAUCAAAAAUGCUAUUAUCAAAAACAAUCCGAAAUUGCCAAGUACAAUUAUCGAGGAGAUCCUCACCUGGUGUAACCAGUGUGAAGUGAUUUAUACCGAGCCUUCAUGUGGUCUGAGUGGUGUAGGCUAUUCAAUGAUCGACUUUGUUAGAGCUUGUGCUGGAAAAGAAGUUAUCGUACCCAGAAGGGAGAUGAUAAUAAUCGACUCCAGCAAAGUUUCCGAAGAGGAGAUGAAUGCGUUCUGUUCGAAUGCAGUUUAUAUGGAAGUGUGUAUCACGGUGACCAUGACAGACUACAGAAGUCUACGAUGUCCACGUCUCAGAUAUAUGAAAUCAUGCAGACCUGGAACGCCAGUGUUCACUAUUGUUCAGAACCCGUAUUUGAGUGUUGUUAAAAUCCCGCCAAACGUUCGCUACCCUGAAAAUGAGAAGAUCCUGCUUGUGGGCAUGAACCAAAAACUCCCAUCCGUCAACAUAAAAGCUUUGAAGAAGAUCUGCCCCCAUUGUCAGAUUGAAGGAUUCUUCUCAAAAUGCAGUGCACUAGGACCAAUCAAAAACGGUGCCGUGCUCUUUGAACAAUGCGCAGGAGAGCCGUUUAUUGCCCCAAGGCCAGGAACAAUACUCGAUGUUGACUUGUCCAAGUUGACGGAACAGCAACUCCAAGAGUUAUUUGCAAAUAUGGUCGAAAUGCAGAUUUGUAUCACCAUCAAAGGAUCUUCUGCGAAGAGCCUUAGAUUCCCAAGACUGAUGCGAUGGUUACCGUGCGCAAAUGGUUAG